CCGGGAAGCCAGCCAUAUAAAGGCGCCCGCUGCUGGCUCUUCCCCAGUCCCAGCUGGCGGAUACCCCACAAUGAGGCCACUCCUGGUGCUUCUGCUUCUGGCCACGCUGUGCACUGACCUGGCCCGGGCCCUGCAGUGCGAGCCUCUGGUGGAGUGUGCCCCGCCCGACAAGUACUGUGUGAUUACUCGGGCCGCCAGCCCCAGUGGCGUCCUGGUCAUGAAGUCCUGCGCCCCGACCUGCCCCAACAGCACCGUGACCUCGGACGGCCUGGCCCUCUCUGUCUCCUGCUGCCGGGACAGCCAGUGCGUUAACAGCGCAGCCACAGGCCUGCCGGGGGGCCCAGGCACCCUGUGGGUCACCACCGUGGCCAGCCUGCUGUGGGCUCUGCUCCCGGCAGCCUGCUGAGCCCAGUCUCACCCGAGCCCUCGCAGCCUGUGUGGGGUCUGUCUACAGCACUUGUCUCCCUGUCUCUCCUCCCUGCCUCCCCCAGGCCCCACCAGCCCCCUCCCAAGAGCAGUUCUCCCCACCACAGGGAACCAUCAGCUUGGACACACCCUCAACUCAGCCUUCUCCUGGGUUCCGGGGGUCCCCUGACCAUCCAGCAGUGGGAAGGGCGCCUGGAUUCUCCCCAGGCCCCUCCAGCCCACUUGAGGGGCUCCCCCUGGGGACCCCCUCUCCCUCAGGCCCUGCCUCUCAGGGCCCCCUGUGCUCCAUGGCGACCCCCGCUCUGGUCGUUCCUGUGCAGGCGAAGGCAGACUUGAGAGCAGGGCUUUGCACGCGCCCCUCCGGCCACUCCUGCCCCAUGCAGACACUCGCUCACCUGCCCACCUGUUCGUUGCUCACCUGGAGCACCCACGCCUCACAGACCCAGGGGACAUCCUCAGGGCCAGUGGGCCUGCCUCCUCGGGCUCUCACGCUGGGGCUUGGGGUGCUGAAGUCCAGGGGUGGGAUGGGGUUUCUGGAACGUCAUCAGCACCCCUGCCAGCCCCUGCCAGGUUGGCUGACCACUGCGGGGAUGGACCUAUCUCCCCAGGGGCUUUCCCCCAGGAUGUCAAGAGAGAAGGAAUAAAGCUGCAAGGCUGCUCUCAGCUCAGUCUGAGAUGUUGAGUCUGGGGCGGGGGGCAGUUCCCGUCCUUGGUCUUGGAGAACCCCGUGCCUUGAAGGCUGGUGGUGGACACGCUGUAAGUGUGGGGGAACUUCAGCGCACAUGCUCAGGUGGGGAAGAAGCACUUCUGCUCCUCAAAGAGCGGGGUGGCAGAAACACACUCUCAACAAACCCCGAGUUGGGGGGCUGGCAUGGCAGCCCGUGGGGUGCCUGUCUGAGCCUCAGCCUCCCCCAGCGCAGGUGGUCAGCUCUACGCCCCUCUCCCCUGCCCACCCUACCUCCCUGAUUGGGGACCAUCAGGCGCCCAGAGCUCUGGGGCUCCUUCCAGGCCCCAAGGUCUCCAGUUCUCCCGAUGGUCUGCUCCCCAGCCCCUCUGCCCAGGGCCUCUGGGAACCCCCUUCCUGCCCCAAAAGGAGGAAGGCCCUUCUCUGGCCCCAGGGCCUGUGUGCCCAGCCACUGCAGGGCCGCUGUGCCUGUCACAGGGCGGUGGUGGCCAUUCUGUCACAGCGGUCCCAGGAUGUGCGGGACAGCAGAGGUUCAGGCCAGUGGCGGGGUGUAGGGGGCCUGCCCUCUCAUGGGGCUUCCUCCUGCCACUGCAUCUUGGGCCAUGUGGAGGACAAGACAGGCUGUGGGCGCCCUGCCUUGAACCAAGGUGGUCAGGGUUCCCUUGGGGCCCGUCCCAGCCUCUGGCGCAAGCUGCCUGCACAGGCCAGGCUGGAGACCCAGGAGGAGGUGGCCCUGCAGGGUGGCCAUCCCUGCAGCAAAGUUGGAGCUCAGGGCUGGGCCACUCCCCCCAGCCUGAGAAGCUUGGGGUUUCUCUUCUUAAGGAAAGUGGAAAUUUCCUUCCUUGAUUCUCCUGUCAGACCAACCUUCCCUCUGGGGCAGGCCCCACCCCUACAAGUCCCAGCGGAAAACCACGUUGGACGCCAUGCCACCACUCGUGUCCGCCUCCUCUGUGUUAGGCAGAGGGGGUGGGGCGAGGAGACUGUUUCCGGAUGAAGUUGUUUACUUGUCCUCAGAUCUCAGAGCUUUCUGGACGGCCCCCAACCGCCCAUCCCAGCCUACGCCUGCUCCUGGGGGCGAAGUGGUGCAUCAAAGCCUGAGUCCCCUCUGAGUGCUCCCCAACCCUGUCGACAGCUGCCCGCCCCCGCCCCCCACCCUGUCUCAUGUCCACAGACCCCCAGAGAGCUCCCGCAUGGCAGGACCCCACACUAACACACACGGGAGCCACGGCCCACAGACCGACAGGCCGAGCUGGGCCCGCGGUUUCCCACUGGGGCUGGAAGGCUCAGAGGCGAGGCUGUGGUGGCGAUCCUGACUGCGGGAAGGCAGCAGGGUGGCAGAUGCAAAGACCUGGAGGGAGGCAGGGCUGACCCCCGGCAGGAGGCCGAAGGGCGGGCAGCAGACGCCCCUGCAGGGCAGGCUCUGGGCAGCGGGGUGGGGAGCCGGUUCUCACCCUCGAACCCCUGCUCCUGCUGCUGGCUUAGGGAGCGGCAUUUUGGGUGGCGUGGGGGUGGGGCUGCGGCCUAUUAUUCCUAAUGUCCCUAAGGGAGGGCUACGGCGGGAGGGCAGGCACCAGCUCAGAGAGACCGCUGGCCAGCGGGGGUCCUGGAGCCCUGAGCCCUGCGCCCUGCUUGUGCCCUGGGGUUUACUUUCAGAGCUGCCUCCUCUGGCUUGGGCACAGCCCUGGGGCUCCAGGGCCCCCCACAAGUCACGUUCUCCCCCACUCCCCAGGGGGCUGCCCCUGCUCCCCUCUUACGUAACAUCACCAAGUUAAGAUGACACAAACCCCUUGAUCUGCUAAGCUCUUGUGACUGAACUCCUGACAGGCCCAGGUGGGGACCCACCUCCCUGCCCAAGGGCCUGUCCCCACACCCAGAGCAGGCUGCAACAACACGCACACCCCUGGACUAGGCUGGUGUCAGCACCGGGCCCCCAAGGCCCCAAGCAAAGCAGAGAGCGGCUGGGUUGGGCGGGUCCAGAUUUCUCGCUCAGCAGCAGACACCAGGUCUCCUCCGCUCCGGGUCACGUGAGGACAGCGUGCCAUUAGUUUCCAGGCCGCGCAGCUGCCGCAGGGGCCACGCUGCUGUCCCCCAUCAUCCCGGACCCAGGAACCUUGUCGUUAAAAUGCAGGGUCUGAAGAGAGGCUGUCCACAUGUGAAAUCUGGGUCUCAAUGACAGGCGGAAGCCCUCUCACUGCAACACAGCUUGGGAAAACAGUAG